AUGGGUGCUGGUCACUAUUACAAAAUCCUGAAGAAGAGGUUGGCGAUGAUAUUGCACCUAGAUCAACAACACGGAGAGCAGAUUUCAGAAGAAAAUGGUGAUGGGGAACCUAAGCCUGAAAAACUUGCGUGGCUGCUUAACAAAGCAAAAUUGGAGUGUACCCUUGAGCAAUUUUACAAUGGUUGCACAAGGAGGAUCAAGGUCCAAAGGGAUGUUUAUGAUAUUUACGGGAUAGUUUACAUUUUUCUUUGUUCAUUCUCUGGUUUUGUGUUGGUUAUCAUCUUACUUUUAUCUGUUGGCAUUUUGGCUUUAUUCUCUUUUGGCUAUUUCCUGAACAGUAGGAGGAGGAAUGUUGAAGAAAUUUUGUACCUCUAUGUUAUGCCUGGUUGGAAGAACGAAACAAGGAUAACAUAUCCUGGGAAAGGAGGCCAAGUAUACGGAAGACCUCCUACUGAUCUAACACUUGUGCUGAAAGAAAAACCGCAUGCUUUUUUUCAGAGAGAAGGACAUGAUUUGGUUGUCAACCUUAAAAUAUCUCUUGUAGAGGCUCUCACGGGGAAAACAUUUCACAUAACAACAUUGGACGGAAGGGACCUCCCAAUUGAAGUGAAGGAUAUUGUGAAGUCAGGUUAUAUGAUGGUGGUCCCAAAUGAAGGAAUGCCGCUUAUAAGGGAACCUGGCAAUAAAGGAGACCUGUAUAUUAAGUUUGAUGUAGUGCACCCAUCAAUGCUUACCACAAAGCAGAUGGAUGAGCUGAAAAUGAUUCUAAAGGAACCUCUUGACUAG